AUGCCCAUGAUCCUGGGUUACUGGGACAUCCGUGGACUGGCCCACGCCAUCCGCCUGCUCCUGGAGUACACAGACUCAAACUAUGAGGAGAAGAAGUACACGAUGGGGGACGCUCCCGACUAUGACAGAAGCCAGUGGCUGAAUGAAAAAUUCAAGCUGGGCCUGGACUUCCCCAAUUUGCCCUACUUAAUUGAUGGAGCUCACAGGCUCACCCAGAGCAAUGCCAUCCUUCGCUACAUCGCUCGCAAGCACAACAUGUGUGGGGAGACAGAGGAGAAGAUCCGUGUGGACAUUUUGGAGAACCAGACUAUGGACGUCCGCUUGCACAUGGCCAGGAUCUGUUACAGCCCUGACUUUGAGAAACUGAAGCCUGGUUACUUGAAGGAGAUCCCUGAAAAGAUGAAGCAGUUCUCAGAGUUUCUGGGGAAGAGGCCUUGGUUCGCAGGGGACAAGCUCACCUUUGUGGAUUUCCUGGCUUAUGAUGUCCUUGACUGGCACUGCAUAUUUGAACCCACAUGUCUGGAUGAAUUUCCAAACUUGAAAGACUUCAUUGCCCGUUUUGAGGUGAUUCCCCUGGUCCUCCCAAGGAUCUCUGCCUACAUGAAGUCCAGCCGCUUCCACCCAAACCCUAUGUUUCUGAAGCUUGCCGUGUGGGGCAACAAGUAA